AUGGAUGCAGAGUUGGAAUUUGCCAUCCAGCCCAAUACAACAGGCAAGCAGCUCUUUGAUCAGGUAACACAGCAAGAUGUAAGGAAAGAAAAUCCAUUGCAGUUUAAGUUCAGGGCCAAGUUUUUUCCAGAGGAUGUAUCUGAAGAAUUAAUUCAGGAAAUAACGCAGAGACUUUUCUUCUUGCAAGUCAAAGAAGCGAUCUUAAAUGAUGAAAUAUAUUGCCCACCAGAAACUGCAGUUCUUCUGGCUUCUUAUGCUGUCCAAUCCAAGUAUGGAGAUUAUAGUAAGGAGAUACAUAAACUAGGCUACCUAGCCAAUGACAGACUUCUCCCUCAGCGAGUGUUAGAACAGCACAAACUGACAAAAGAACAGUGGGAAGAAAGAAUACAGAACUGGCAUGAAGAGCACAGGGGAAUGUUAAGGGAAGAUUCUAUGAUGGAAUACCUGAAGAUAGCACAAGACUUGGAAAUGUAUGGAGUCAACUAUUUUGAAAUAAAGAAUAAAAAAGGAACUGAAUUGUGGCUAGGGGUUGAUGCUUUGGGUCUGAAUAUUUAUGAGCAUGAUGAUAAGCUGACACCUAAGAUUGGUUUUCCUUGGAGUGAAAUAAGAAACAUCUCUUUUAACGACAAAAAAUUUGUCAUAAAGCCAAUUGACAAAAAGGCCCCUGAUUUUGUUUUUUAUGCACCCCGUCUGAGAAUUAACAAGCGAAUUUUGGCACUGUGUAUGGGAAAUCAUGAAUUGUACAUGAGGAGGAGGAAACCUGAUACAAUUGAAGUGCAACAGAUGAAGGCCCAAGCUAGAGAAGAGAAACAUCAGAAACAAUUGGAAAGGGCACAAUUAGAAAAUGAGAAGAAGAAAAGGGAGAUAGCAGAAAAGGAAAAGGAAAGAAUAGAGCGUGAAAAGGAAGAGUUAAUGGAACGCUUAAGACAAAUUGAGGAACAAACAAUGAAAGCUCAGAAGGAGCUAGAGGAACAGACUAGAAGAGCUCUAGAACUGGAUCAAGAACGAAAGCGUGCAAAAGAGGAAGCAGAGCGCCUGGAAAAAGAACGUCGAGCAGCUGAAGAAGCUAAAGCUGCUCUAGCCAAGCAGGCUGCUGAUCAAAUGAAGAACCAGGAGCAGCUAGCAGCAGAACUUGCUGAAUUCACUGCCAAGAUUGCACUUCUAGAGGAGGCCAAGAAAAAGAAAGAAGAGGAAGCCUCAGAAUGGCAGCACAAA